AUGGAUAGGUACGGGAAGCAGGACGAGCCCCGCGACUCGUCCCGCCGAGGCGGCAACCCUCUCGGUCUACCCCGCCUGGGGGACAAGGGUACCCCUCUGAAGUUUGCCUCGUGUCCCGCCACCGGACCAGGCCUGUCGGCCGGCCCCGGCCCCGGCCCCGGCCCUGGGCGGACCCGGCCUCCCGGGGACGCCCGCCUGCCCGCCCCUGGGCUAGACCUGUUGGCCAGCCCCGGCCCCGGCCCCGGCCCUCGGACGGCUCUUGUGUCGGGGUGGCACACGAACGCUUCGCCGGGAUCAAAAAUUCUCGGCCCAUCGGAUUUCUUUUCCUGCCUGCGCGGCCAGACGCCUCCCAGCCGAGCCGACGGGCAGCCCGCGGCCCGCGCCCGGCCCGCCGACGCGCUCGACCGGCAACGGGGCGUCCCCACCCCGCGGGGAGCAGAGACACGGCACCAGCCAGCAAGCCGCACCUCGGGGCGGACAGCGGGAGAAUGGAAGCAGGCGGAAGCGUGCGGUGGGACGCGGCUGGAAGCCGCCGGCCCCCCGCGUCACUGGACUCGAAUCGCCGGCAGAGGCGGCGGGCGGGCGGCCGCCUGCUCAUGCCGGCUCUCCGGCGGUCCGCGGAGGUCGUCGGCCCCGGGCCCGCCUCGGGCGGGCCCGGCACGGAACCGCCCUUCGCCGCCGGCUCCCGCGGCGCACCGCCUUCUGGGCUUUUCCCCGCCCCCGGUCGGCGACGCUUGCCGGGCGGCCCCGCCCUGCGACGUCACCCUGCCUGGCACCGCCUUCCGGGCUUUCCCCGCCCCCCUGCUGGGCGACAGCUGGGGCCGACGGCGGUGGCCCCGACCCACCCACGCCCCAGGCGGCUCCCCAAGCGGCCGGCCGCUCGGCACGGCGACAACGCCUGCGGGGGCUGAGGAGCGGGCCGACGGGGCCGCCGGCAGCUUGAGGCUUUCGCUCCGACGGCGCCUUCCUUCCCGCUCGCCCCCGGCCGGCCCCACUGAAGCCUGCAGGCAGACGGCAGCCCCGCUGAUCGAGCCAGCCAAGCAGAAAGCGAGGUGGAAGCCGGGCCGCCAUCUGCUCGGACCCGGACGGGGGAGGGAGCGCCGCCGGCUUCCGAAGGCCCUCUCCCUCCCUCCCUCCCUCCCUCUCGGGGAGAAGCGAAGGCGGCGAGGGGCUCAGGCCGAUAGGGGAGAGCCGCUCGACGCAUCGCACGGCGGCCCGCCGGCUGACAGCAGGUCUACCCAGCCGCCGAAGGCCGCCGGCCGACAAAGGCCCCUCGCGUGCAACAGGUCUACCCAGUGGCCACCAGCCGCCGAGGGCGGCUCGCGUGCCCCUGGGUGCCACCCCAGGGGCCGCCAGCCGCCAACGGCCGCCGGCCGCCGCGGGCCGCUCGCGUGCCGCUGGGCGCCACCCCAGUGGCCACCAAGGGCUGGGCCGGAGCCGCUCGCUCUUGGCGUGGCCAAGUGCCGGCGUGCUGCUGGCGAGGACCGCCGCGCGCGCGCGCGCGUGCGCGCGCGCCUGCCUCUGUCCCUGCCCAGCUUUGGCUCCCCCGCCACUCGGCCCCGGCGCCGUCUGCCACCAGGUCUACCACCGCGCUCGGUGACAGCAGCGGGUGGACUUCCCCCGCUUCCACCAGCGCCCGCGCGCCGGGGAAGGGAAGCCCGCCGCCCGCCGCCGCCGCCGCCGCCCUCGAGGCCAAGCCCCCGCCCCGCGUAUCGGGCCUGGGACCCGCGCGGAGGGAAGUCGAGGCCCCUCGCGGCCCGCGGCGGGGCCCCUCUCGGCCCGUCGCGGCACGCGGCUCCCACCCCCCAAGGAUUUGGGCUCGGCCGCGCGCUCCGGCCCCCGGACUCCGCGUAUCGGGCCUGGGACCCGCGCGGAGGAGAGCGCGAAGGCGCGGCGAGGGGGGGGGACGACCGCGCCGGCCCGGGCGCCCGCGCGCCCGCGCCGCCGGAGCCCCCUGUCGGCCCCGGGCCCGCCGCCGAGAGAGGCCUCGGUGGAGGAGGAGGAGGAGGAGGUGGACGAGAGGAGGCGUCGCGCACGCGCGCGACGCCCCUGCCCGGUCGGAGGAGGAGGAGGAGGACGGGGCUCCGGCCGGUCGGCCGGGCCCGAAAGCGACAAAAGCUUGUCGCCGGGUGCCCCACGAUCGUGCGGUACGCGGCGGGGGAGAGGCGGCGCCGCAUCCGUCCGCCCCUCCGGGCCCCGACCACGAGCGGCGCUCCGCACCGGGCCCGCCCGCCGGAGCGGGCGGGCGGCCGGCUAUUGCGAGCCCACCGAGGCUCCGGCGGCGCUGCGUGGGUGAACAAUCCAACGCUUGGUGAAUUCUGCUUCACAAUGAUAGGAAGAGCCGACAUCGAAGGAUCAAAAAGCGACGUCGCUAUGAACGCUUGGCCGCCACAAGCCAGUUAUCCCUGUGAUCAAGCGAGCUUUUGCCCUUCUGCUCCGCGGGAGGUUUCCGUCCUCCCUGAGCUCGCCUUAGGACACCUGCGUUACGCUUUGACAGGUGUACCGCCCCAGUCAAACUCCCCACCUGCCGCUGUCCCCGGAGCGGGUCGCGGCCGGCGCGCGCCGGCCGCUUGGCGCCAGAAGCGAGAGCCCCCCUCGGGGCUCGCCCCCCCGCCUCACCGGAGCUCUGCCCCCAAUGGCAAUCCCACCACCAGUCCCCCCAAGACUGGGACCGGAAGUGCUAAUGACGGCAACCGGAAGGAAGCCAUCUUGGCUUCCUCAGCCACUCACAAGCGAGCCAGUACCGGUUGCCCGAAACGGCCACGCGCUGUCAGCAAGCACCCCCCAUCUCCUCCAAGAGAUGAGGACAGUGAGUCCUCAUAUUCAGAUUCUGAAUAUGAGGACCACUGGGCCGAGAUAACGACAGAAGUCCUCGUGCCCCUCUUCAAUCUGCUCCGUGGCAGCGAGGACCUCGACUCACCACGCGCCCUCACACCGGAGGCCCGAGAAUCCAUCACCAAGGUCCAGGAGGCCCUGUCUUCGCGGCAAGCACACCGGUUCUCAAAAACAACAAGCCACCACAGCCUGGAGAUGGAGACGUCGCCGGAGCCCACCGAGCCAGCCUGCCACCAGACCAUCGAUCAGAUGGCGACCGACACAGCUUACCGCCAGACCACCCACUUCAUAUAA